UCACAAUCACACGAACAUAAGGCCCUAAUUCCUCCAGAUGUAGCGCCGCCACCUUCGAAAGUAUCUCAUGUCGUCUAGCUCGUUUCUCGUUUAUAUCCGACAUUCAAAAAACGAAAGCCAGCCAACAAGAAAACAUUGAGGAAGCUCUUCCAGGAGAAACUCUUCAUAGCUCAAUCCCCCACAUCUCUCCUCCACAUUCAAAGACCCCAAGAGAGAGGAAAAAAUGGUGAAGAAAGAAUUGGAAGUCGUGAAGGACGUGGACUUGGAGAGGUACAUGGGAAGAUGGUACGAGAUAGCGUCGUUCCCGUCCUUCUUCGUGCCUAAGGGGGCGGACACGAGGGCGACAUACACUCUGAACCAGGAUGGGACGGUGCAUGUGCUCAACGAGACCUGGAGCGACGGCAAGAGAGUGGCCAUCGAGGGCUCGGCGUACAAGGCGGACCCGAAGAGCAACGAGGCCAAGCUCAAGGUCAAGUUCUAUGUCCCUCCGUUCCUGCCCAUCAUUCCUGUCGUCGGGAACUACUGGGUGCUGUACCUGGACAGUGAAUAUCAGUAUGCUCUCAUCGGAGAGCCCACCAGAAAGUACCUCUGGAUAUUAUGUAGGAAGACUCAUCUGGAAGAUGAGAUCUAUGAGAUGCUGGUUCAGAAGGCUAAGGACGAAGGCUAUGACCCAAGUAAACUCCGCAAGACUCCACAGAGCGACCCUCCGCCGGAAGGAGGUCCUCAAGACAAAGGCGCCUGGUGGCUCAAGUCCCUUAUUGGCAAAUAGGAUGCAAUCGGCGAAAGUGGCAUCCUGAAUAUUCCCCGAAAAUAAAAACACAGAGCCCUGUCUGUCUAUGGUAAAUAGGAGUUUCUGCGUUGAUGAGUGAUGUGUGAAACAUGUAAUUUAUACAUCGAGUCGUGUAAAGUUGCUGUGAUAUUGCAAAUAUUGAAUUAGUGUUUAAGAAUGAAAUGAAUAAAGAUCGCAACGCGAAGACUC